AAAAUACAGUAUACAUUUCCUUGAGUUGGUUAUAUUCCCCGCCAAAAGCAGUUAAUAUUAGUUAUUCCUUAAACUCUGUGUAUCUACAAUGGAUUUCUGUGUAAUCAAGAAUCUAAUCAUCUUCAUCUUCAUUUCUUUCGUAUACCCACAAACCAAAGCUCUCAUUUACCCUCAAGAACUCAUUACCCAUGAUUCUAUUUCGCCAUUUUCGUCUCCUCUUGUUCCGGCAUUGUUUGUUAUAGGUGAUUCUUCAGUUGAUUGUGGGACGAACAACUUUCUUGGGACUUUUGCACGUGCUGAUAGGCUUCCUUAUGGUCGUGAUUUUGAUACACAUCAACCUACUGGACGCUUUUGUAAUGGAAGAAUACCUGUCGAUUAUCUUGCAAUGCGUCUCGGGUUACCAUUUGUGCCUAGUUAUCUAGGGCAGGCUGGUUCAAUCGAAGACAUGAUUCUUGGUGUUAAUUAUGCUUCUGCUGGUGCUGGAAUUAUUUUCUCUAGUGGCUCUGAAUUGGGUCAGCAUAUCUCACUUGCACAGCAAAUAGAGCAGGUUACUGAUACUUUUCAGCAAUUUAUAGUGAAUAUUGGUGAGGAAGCAACAACUAAUCUGAUAUCAAGUUCUGUGUUCUACAUUUCCAUCGGGUCCAACGACUAUAUUCACUACUAUCUCCUGAACGUAUCCGAUGUUCAAACUGUUUACCUGCCAUGGAGUUUCAACCAGUUCUUAGCACAGUCGAUAAAACAGGAGAUUAAGAACUUGUACAAUGCCAAUGUAAGAAAAGUGGUUGUAAUGGGACUGGCUCCGAUAGGCUGUGCACCUUACUACUUAUGGCUAUACCAUAGCAAGAACGGGGAGUGUGUGGAAACCAUAAAUGACAUGAUAUUGGAGUUCAACUUUAACGUGAGAUAUAUGGUUGCUGAACUUAACGAGGAGCUUGUUGGUGCCACCGUCAUUUUCUGUGAUGCAUUUGAAGGUUCAAUGGACAUUAUUCAGAAUCACGAUCAUUAUGGUUUCAAUGUGACAGAUGAGGCAUGUUGUGGUUUAGGCGAAUACAAAGGCUGGAUCAUGUGCAUUACUCCUGAAAUGGCCUGCAGUAAUGCCUCGAGCCAUAUCUGGUGGGAUCAAUUUCAUCCCACUGAUGCUGUCAACGCGAUCCUCGCUGAAAAUGUCUGGUCCAGCCUACAUACGCCUAUGUGCUACCCGAUGAACUUGCAGGACAUGUUAGCUAAAAGCACCAGAUAGUUGGACCAAAAGACAUUACAAUUUCUGAAUAUAUGACAUCUGAAUAAUCUGUAUAGAAUAUUUUUUGACUUACUGAAUAGUAUGACCACACUGUAUA